UAUAAGUAUGUUUAGAGUGUUGUCUUAUAAUUUUACGCGUACUUUAUUUUUCCGUGUACCUAAGAAAAAAAGUGAUUUGUGAAACAAACGUACUAAUGACAAUUCAAGACAUGGAUAUCUGUUUAAAUGUGACGGCGGGUCCAGUUGUAACAACGAAAAAGAAUGCACUGAGAAGAACUAAGUCUUCCAAAACCUCAAUUAAAAGGUUAAAAAAUCAGUCUUUUCAUAAAGAUGCAGUACUAAACAGCAAGGAAUCAAGAAAAACCACGGAUACGCAAGAAACAGGAUUCAAGAAAAGAAUAAAACAGAAGUCAUUAUCAGCUAUUUUUGCUAAAAAGUUGAAAGAAACAAACUCUGCCUUUCAAAACAUACAGCAGCCUCAAAUUUCAUCUCGAGAUAAAGAUCUAAUAGCGAAAAGUGCAAAGCUAAAACAAAUUGAACCGAUUAAUGCAAUAAGCAAGAAAGAUGUGUCUGGUAAGAUUCCUUUUACUUUGAACUUGGAUUCCAUAAAUGAAUUAACUACAUCUUUUACGAAUGCAACAAAUGAACAUGUUGGUAGAAAAGCGUUGGUGAAAAGGAAAGAUAAUUCAAAGGUUGAAAAUAAACUAAACACUACAGUUUCGAGUCAAUUAAAAAGUCAGAGUGAAUCAGAUUUAUUAAAUACGACUAAAAAACAUAACAUUUCUAAAAAUAAUUUUAAAGUAGACAAGAUAUGUAAAGUAAAUAAUAAAUCAGCAGUUUUAAAAUCUGAUAAGAUUCCUUCUACUGCAAACUCUGAUUCUACAAAUGAAUCAACUGUAUGUUUUACAAAGACAACAGAAAAACACGUUGAUAGAACACUGUUAGCAAAAAAGAGAGAUGAUUUAAAAAGUGAAUCGAAGAGAUCACUUUCUGAUAUAUUUUCAAAUCAAUUAAAAAAUCAAAAUGAAUCAAAUGCUCCAAAUGUAACUCAAAAAUAUGAUGUUUCUAAAGAUAAUUUUAAAUCAGAUAAAAAAUAUAAAGUAACUAGAGAAUCUCCUGCUUUAAGAAACACAAAGGAGACAGAUAUUUUGGACAAAAAGAAAGAAAAAAGAUGUAAAAAGAAAAUUGUAAAUAACAACAAAGAAUCAGAUGAAAUUCCAAAAUUAAUACACAGAAAACUUUUCUCUCUAUUUCGUAAUAAUCCUGAUGUACCAACCAUAGGUCAGCGAUUUGUAAAACCUGUAAAUGAACCAGUUUUUACAGAGAUCACUUUUGCUGAUCUUAAUAUUCAUCCAUAUAUGAUAUCAAAUUUAGAGCAAAAUAUGUGUAUAACUAAAAUGACAACCGUUCAACAAAAAGCGAUUCCUCAAAUCUUCUUAAAUAAGGAUGUUUUAAUAAGAUCUCAGACAGGAUCUGGAAAAACAUUAGCGUAUGCUUUACCCAUUGUUGAACUGUUACACAAAAUUAGACCAGAACUAAAUAGAAAUAGUGGUUUAUUGGCUCUUGUAGUUGUUCCAACAAGAGAAUUGGCCUUGCAAACGUACGAGUGCUUUAUAAAACUGGUUAAACCUUUUACUUGGAUCGUACCAGGUUACAUAGUUGGCGGAGAAAAGAGAAAAGCGGAAAAAGCUCGGUUACGUAAAGGAUGUAAUAUAUUAAUAUCUACUCCUGGUAGAUUAUUAGAUCAUAUAAAGCACACAAAAGCGUUGAGAUUAAAUAACGUUAAAUAUUUCGUGUUAGAUGAAGCUGACAGAAUGCUUGAUAUGGGAUACGAAAUGGAUAUUUCUGGGAUAGUAAGUGCUUUGGAAGUAUCAUGCUCUGAUGAUGAAAAAGGAUACGACGCUAUGAAAAUAUUUAAACAAAAUAAUAGUAAGAAGAUAUUUACAGAUGAGAAAAUUGAAGAAACUUUAAAAGAAGAUGAUGUGAAGUCCAAAACAGAAGAAAGUAAUAUUGAUAAAAGUGAUAGUGAUCGUGCCGCUAGUAUCGUUUCAUCAAAAAAGAUGAAAAAAGAUACAAAACAUUCUAGUAUAAAUAAAAAAUCUAAUUCGAUAGUGAAAAAUAUUCAAAACAUCGAGGAAGAUAAUAAAAAUCGUUGGAAAAGACAAACAAUUUUAUUAUCUGCGACUUUGACCCAAGCUGUUGAAAAAUUGGCGGGUCUUACGAUGCACGAUCCGAUCUUUGUUGAUGCGGCUAAAAAGAAUUUAGAGAUGAGCGGGGGAGAUACUAGCACGAUUAACGAAGACCUAAUAGUUCCGCAAAGUGUGAUUCAAAGUUACAUAGUCACUCCGCCUAAAUUAAGAAUGGUCACUUUAAGUGCUUACAUCGCCGGGAGAUGUCAGACUCCUGGACAGCAUAAAAUACUAAUUUUUAUGGCCACACAAGAUAUGGUAGAUUAUCAUACCGAAAUUUUGUCUUCUAUUCUUACAAAACCAAUAGACGAUAAUGACGAAGACUCUGAUUCACUGGUUGAUGUAGAAUUCUUUAAAUUACACGGUAAUAUGACACAGAAAGAAAGGACAGAAGUCUUCAAAACUUUCAGUCAAGCAAAAAGUGGAGUACUGCUGUGCACAGAUGUUGCAGCUCGAGGAUUAGAUAUGCCGAAUGUUGAUUGCGUUGUUCAGUAUACUGGUCCAAUUUCGGCUAGAGACUACGUUCAUCGAAUCGGUAGAACCGCGCGUGCAGGUUGCUCCGGCACGGCGACAAUCUUCCUAACGCCCUCGGAAAUCGAAUUCGUGCGGAUGCUCGAGUCGAGGCGCAUCAGAAUCAAACAGCAGGACAUGAACGAUGUCUUGGAUAAGCUAUUGGGGCCUCUUUCCAAGCAUAACUCCGUGCGGGGAGCCGCUGUCGCCCUCCAAAACGAUUUCGAAGAUUUAGUACUGGAGAAUCGGAAACUUGGUGCAAAAGCAUGUAAAGCCUACGUCUCCUGGGUGCGUUUCUAUUCAAGUUAUCCGCGCGAUAUGCGCGAGGUAUUCGAUCGAAAGGAGCUUCAUUUGGGUCACUAUGCCAAGAGUUUCGCGUUGAGGGCUCCGCCGCAACAAAUCGGCGGAAUCGGCAAGAAGCUACGCGAAAAAGAAAUCUCGAAACCCAGGCACAACAACCGUCUAUCGUACAAGCCAUCUGAUGGGGUGCCGCAAAAGAAGCAGAGGACCGGACACGGCGACGAGAAAAGAGCGGGGUUGUUGAAGAGAGUCAGAAUGCUUAACACCUCCGAAUACGAUAGCGGUCUCGAACCCCUGAAGAAGCCAAAGAAGUGAUCCCCCGUGCUUCGUCGCAAUUGUACAUUAACUCGAUUGUAUAUGUUGUAAACAGGAACAGCGAUUUCACAUCUGUAAUUCACUCUCUGUGAAC